AGAUUUUUAUUUCGAAUUCUGAGUUUCUAUAAACAAUUUCUCUGAUUUUGUGCGGUAUUGAAAUUCUAAAUGACAACAUGGCGCUAUCCUUGAAUGAUUUAGCUUCGUUGUUAAGUGUUUUAUCAGAAGACUCUACCAAGUCACAGACAUUUGAUAUUUUAGCAUCAACAUUUCAUCAUUAUUUUCAAAAAGCUGAUCACUUCAAAGUUGGAAUGGCCUUGGUGUUGCUCCUACAAAAUAGAGACCUACUUCCAAACCCCACACAGAAACUAGCUGCAAUAUUUCUUCUAUAUGAAAUGUACAGAAAUGAGCCAGCAGCUAAUAAUCCUUUUGCACCAGUUUUUGUCCAUCUUCUGAAAGCAACACCUGAAAACCAAGAUGUUGGACAAAAUGAUCUUCAUUGGGCAAUCUCUCCAAUUUCUGCUUCAGAACGAUAUUUCCUUUGCCAGCUCAUAAGCAGCCCUGUUAAAGAGAUGUUUAAGAAAACUCCUUUACAAGUUAUUCAAAUGGAUGUCAAUAAUGCCCAGACAAUGGACAUAACUUCUCUACAAAUCACUCUGGCCGAAAAACAAUCUGAAUUACCCGCAAUCAGUAAAUCUUCUAUGCCAUCAAUUGUUCCGGAUCCUGAUAACAAACCAACUAGUUUUGAACAGUUUGGAAAACCUGGCUUAGUAAAUCAAGAUGUUCAAAGGCAAACAAUUGAAGCUUUGCUAACAGGUCCCAACCCACCUGUGGAGAAUUGUAUGAGACCAGAAUUUAUCAGACUUGCACCACCAUUGCACAUUGCUGAAGAUGAGCUUGUUUGGAUGAAUCCUUUUGAAGCUGACUAUACUCCUGCCUGGGAUACAACAAUGUGUUCAAGUAGUACAGCUGGAACUGAAGUACGACGCCUCAUGAGCUUGGCACUGAAAAGUUCUUUAACUUUACAGCAACAGCAGCAAUUAAUGGAUGAAUUAGAAAAGGACCCUAAGUUAGUUUACCACAUUGGUUUGACUCCAACUAAGCUUCCAGAUCUGGUGGAAAACAACCCAAUCGUGGCCAUUGAAGUCCUACUUAAACUAAUGGAGUCAAAUCAAAUUACUGAGUAUUUUUCUGUCCUUGUAAGCAUGGAAAUGUCUCUUCAUUCUAUGGAAGUUGUAAACAGAUUAACAUCAGCCGUAGAACUUCCUUCCGAGUUCAUUCAUCUUUACAUUUCAAAUUGUAUCACAACCUGUGAAAACAUCACUGAUCGUUACAUGCAAAACCGGCUGGUUCGAUUGGUCUGUGUUUUCCUCCAGUCUCUAAUUCGCAACAAGAUCAUUGACGUAAAGGACAUAUUUAUUGAAGUACAGACCUUCUGUAUAGAAUUUAGUCGAAUCCGAGAAGCAGCUGCAUUAUUCCGAUUAUUAAAGAAUUCCGAGACCAAUGGCAGUGGCAAUGAACAGCAACAGAACACCAAAUGAUUGUAAAUUAAAAAAAAAAAAGGUAAAACAGAAACUUAAGAAAAAAAAUAAAAUGUAAAGAGAAAUUGGUUACCUAUUGAAUUUUAUUAAACUCUCUGUCUCCUAGAAGUAUUUCUGAUUGCCCACCUGCUUUUACUGAAGGACAAAGCAAUAAUGAGUACAUAACUUUAGUUACUGAGAGGUAAGUAAUGUUAAACUGAUAAAACAACAGCUGGAGUGACCAAGGGGUGACCAAAGCAAGAUUUUUGGGCAAAAGAUUUUGUUUUCAAAAGUUAAUCUUAGCUUGCAUAAGAACUCUUUAAAAGGUCUGGCCUAUAUUUCUAUUCACAUUUAUUUAUAGCAUUUUAUUACUUUUUUUUUCACUUCAAGUAUGACUUUUAAAGGCUUAUUGGUAUGAGAUAUUGAUGUUUACAAAACUUCAAAAUGUUAAAAAAACAAAAAAAAAAAACAUUUCUUCAUACUUGAUAAAUUAAUCUUUGCUAAAACUUUGUGUGUGUGUAGGUAGGUUGGUUG